CUGUAGCUCAAAGAAAGGCAUAAAUAGAGGUUUUUGAUCUUCAAUAACAAAAACAAAAAAAACAAAAAAAAAAGAGGGAGAGAGAGAGAGAGAGAGAGAGAGAGGGGAAGGAGGAGCUAGAAGCCAUGGGCGGAGGCAAUGGCCAGAAGGCAAAGAUGGCUAGAGAGAGAAACAUGGAGAAGCUCAAAGGCCAGAAAGGAAGUCAGCUUGAAACCAACAAGAAGGCUAUGACCAUCCAGUGCAAGGUUUGUAUGCAAACUUUCAUUUGCACUACUUCGGAGGUGAAAUGCAGGGAACACGCUGAGGCAAAGCACCCGAAGGCUGAUGUCUAUGCGUGUUUCCCCCACCUAAAGAAGUGACAAGGGCCAUGGGUGAAACUGGUUUCAACUAUAUCUCAAGUCUCUCAAUGUUUUUGAAGCUGUUUCAGUAUUGUUGCUGAGAAUAUGUUUUAAAUUUUUGAUGGUUCAAGUGUAUUGAAACUCAGUGAAAUAUGUUCAUAUAUUAUCUCAAUCUAUAUUACUGUUCUCUGCCCUUUUAUAUCAUAACUUGUUGAAAGUUGGUGUUUGAA